AUGAGUCGGCCCGAGCUGGCCCCCUUCCGCAAGCUGCUCCGCUUGUGUCGUCACUUCGACCGGGAACCCACCUGGCAGUUGGGUCUGGUGGGACGCCCGCCGCGGAAGUAUGACUGGUACCAGCACCGGGUGGUUCGCACGCGCUUUCAGGUCUCACCUUUUGCUGAGGAAAUGGUUUGGGAGGCCUCGGGCCUUUCCACCCAGUUCGCCCUGCCCGGCAAACACUCUGGCGCGGUGGCCCGCGCCUGUCGACGGCAUUUCCGACGGGCGACCGCAAUGGGUUUGCCGUACCAAAGCGAAGCAACGCAGCUACUGAAGCGCUUUGAAGAGGCCAAGAAACUGAUUCAAGACCUCGGGGACUGGGACACCGCGGAAACCAGUGACCUUCAGCUGCUGAAGAGUUUCGACUGCGGUGGGCAUCAGCAGGUACAAAGAGGAGACCUGCUGUUGGCUCACCCCAUGAGUUGCAUCCGAGAUCCCAACUUCGAUCAGGCAACAGUGCUGAUUAGCGAUGUUGGAGAGGACUAUGUCUCCGGCUUUGUGGUGAACAAACCACUAAGGAACUCAACUUUGCAGCAGCUCCUGUCAAAUCGGAAAGGUUCGCAAAGUUCUGAAGAUAAAGAUUGGGCGGAGGCGAUCCGUGACCACUCCGCGCUCGAGAAGCUGAUCGUGUGGCGCGGUGGGCCCAUCAUCGUCGGGGCCUCGCUGCAGCGAAAUCUGCAUUGGCUGCACUGCUUCUCCAGCGUGCGGCGAAGGGGGGUUUGA